UUCCCUGCUGGCUGCGUUUCGCUCUCCGAAGCCAUUUUGGACUCAGUUCAGUUCCGUGCAUGUCAGAAUCGGACCCUGUCCAGCCAUUCUCGCUCUGCACGGGGAGAAGCGACGCGCACGGACGGGAUUUGGGUGGAAAUCGCCGGUUAUUUCGCACCGGAAGGCGCUUCUGUUGGAAUAGCCGCUUUUCCUGAUGGAUUUCUGCAUGUGUUAAAGUUUGAUUAAGCCCGAUCGGUGGGUGGACAUCAGGCCGACGGUCACUCGGGCUCGUGUGUGUGUUUUUGCGUGUGUGUGCAUGUGUGUGUGUGUUUCCCCGAUCGUUUUAAAUGUGUGCAAAGCAGAAAACACUGAAAAGGAGAAAAUCCGGGGUGUUUUUGUGUCACUAGAGGAAUAUGUUCGCUUCCUGGCUGACUUUUGCACUUCUUCUGGGAACUUUUAGUGCAGGACCCAGCCAUGCAGAGGUGGAGACGCGCGAAUGCUUGUACUUCAACAUCAACUGGGAGAUCGAGAAGACGAACCGCAGCGGCGUGGAGCGCUGUGAAGGAGAGAAGGACAAACGCUCGCACUGCUACGCCUCCUGGAGGAACAGCUCCGGCAGCAUCGAGCUCGUCAAGAAGGGCUGCUGGUUAGACGACUUCAACUGCUAUGACAGACAGGAGUGUGUGGCCACUGAGGAAAAUCCUCAGGUGUUCUUCUGCUGCUGUGAAGGAAACUUCUGCAACGAGAGGUUCACACACCUGCCCGACGUCAGCGGACCAGUGAUCGAGCCUCCUCUUCCGGCUCCGGCGCUGUUGAACAUGCUGGUUUACUCUCUGCUGCCCAUCACGAUGCUCUCCAUGGCUCUGCUGCUGGCCUUCUGGAUGUACCGGCACCGCAAGCCUCCGUACGGACACGUGGACAUCAACGAGGAUCCCGGUCCGUCUCCUCCUUCACCGCUGGUGGGACUGAAGCCUCUUCAGCUGCUGGAGGUUAAAGCUCGAGGACGCUUCGGCUGCGUCUGGAAGGCUCAGAUGAUGAAUGAAUAUGUAGCCGUGAAGAUCUUCCCUAUUCAGGACAAGCAGUCGUGGCAGAACGAGCGCGACAUGUUCUCCACGCCGGGCAUGAAGCACGAGAACCUGCUGCGCUACAUCGCCGCCGAGAAACGCGGCAGCAACCUGGAGAUGGAGUUCUGGCUCAUCACUGAGUUUCAUGAGCGGGGUUCGCUGACGGAUUAUCUGAAGGGAAACGCGGUGAGCUGGAGCGAUCUGUGUCACAUCGCGGAGACGAUGGCGUGCGGUCUGGCGUAUCUUCACGAGGACGUGCCGCGCACGAAAGGAGAAGGUCCUAAACCGGCCAUCGCGCACAGAGACUUCAAGAGCAAGAACGUGAUGCUGAAGACCGAUCUGUCCGCGGUGGUCGGCGACUUCGGGCUGGCGGUUCGGUUUGAGCCGGGAAAGCCGCCGGGAGACACGCACGGUCAGGUCGGGACGCGCCGCUACAUGGCCCCCGAGGUGCUGGAAGGGGCCAUUAACUUCCAGCGGGACGCCUUCCUGAGGAUAGACAUGUACGCCAUGGGGCUGGUGCUGUGGGAGCUGGUGUCGCGCUGCAAAGCCGCUGACGGUCCUGUAGACGAGUACAUGCUGCCGUUUGAGGAGGAGAUCGGCCAGCAUCCGUCUCUGGAGGAUCUUCAGGAUGUGGUGGUUCAUAAGAAAAUGCGGCCGGUGUUUAAGGACUGCUGGCUCAAGCAUUCAGGUCUGGCGCAGAUGUGCGAGACGAUCGAGGAGUGCUGGGAUCACGACGCGGAGGCGCGUCUGUCGGCCGGCUGCGUGGAGGAGCGAAUCUCUCAGAUCCGCCGUCUGACGAGCGCCACUACCUCAGACUGCCUGCUUUCCAUGGUGACGUCGCUCACCAACGUGGACCUGCCGCCCAAAGAGUCCAGCAUCUGAGCGCCGGCGACGCGAGCAAACAAAACCACCCUCGUCUUUCCAAACUCAGUGAAUCUCAAACCACAUUAAAGCAGCUGCUAUUUUAUCC